CUUUACGCAGACUUUCUGUCGUAAGAGACCCGGCGUACCCGGCCAAUAGAAUAGCAAAACGUCGUGACGCCACUUCCUGACGGGUGGUUUUGCGGGAAGUUUGGUCCUCAUGCUCAUACGGAUUAACAUACAAUAAACAGCAAAGAUGCCUCCUAAAGCCAAGGCGGCAGGGAAAGGCAGAGCUCCAGCUAAGAGGAAGCUGGCAGAGGAGUUCCCCCCCGGUGAAGUCCUAAUAGACACCGGGAAGAAGGCCUGGAAGCUGGGGGCUCCAAUCGGCCAAGGGGGCUUUGGUCUCAUAUAUUUGGCUGAUGUGAAUUCUGCAAAGUCUGUGGGUCCUGAUGCUCAUUAUGUCAUCAAAGUGGAGCCCAGUGACAAUGGACCACUGUUCUCUGAGCUCAAGUUUUACAUGAGAGCUGCUAAGCCUGACCUGAUUGAGAGCUGGAUGAAGUCUAACAAGGUGAAAAGUCUGGGUGUUCCCAGGUAUUGGGGCUCAGGCCUGCACGAGAAAAAUGGGAAAAGGUAUAGGUUCAUGGUCAUUGACAGGCUUGGCACAGACCUGCAGAAGAAGUUUGAAGAAUGUGGAAGGAGGUUCCCCAGACAACUGGUCCUGCAGCUCGGCCUUCGACUGCUGGAUAUUCUGGAGUUCAUCCACGAUCACGAGUAUGUGCAUGCUGACAUUAAGGCAUCCAACCUCAUGUUGAGCCACAGUGAUCCCAACCAGGUUUACUUAGUGGAUUAUGGGCUGGCAUAUAGGUACGCACCCGACAGUGUGCUCAAGGAGUACAAGGAAGACCCCAAGAGAUGUCACGACGGCACCAUUGAGUUCACAAGCAUUGACGCCCACAAAGGAGCAACUGCUUGUAGGCGGAGCGACCUGGAGAUCCUGUGCUACUGCAUGGUACAGUGGCUGUGUGGACGCCUGCCCUGGGAGGACAAGCUGCAGGACCCCCUCUACGUCCGAGACUCGAAAAUCAGGAGCCAAGAAAACAUCUCUGAAUUUAUGACCAAGUGUUUCUCCUCAGGAGAAAAGCCAGAUGAGAUCCAGAAGUUCAUGGAGGAGGUCCGAUCUCUGGGAUACCAAGACAAACCACCAUACGAGAAGUUCCGAUCCAUCCUGAAGGGCGGACUGAAGGCCAUUCAGGCUAAAGAUGACGGCAAGCUGAAUUUCACUCCCGCCACGCCCGUAUCACCCCCUGCCCAGAGGACCAUCAAGAGAAAGAAAGCUUCAAAUGCAGCAGAAGACAGUGAGACUGAUGGAGGACCCAUCAAGAAAAAGAGAGUCACAAAGAAAAGAGAAGUGAAUGGAGUGAAGAAAAGUCCCCAAAAAACUCCCAGACCAAAGAAGGUACCCAGCACUGGAAAAGCGGUUGACCCCAAAUCCAGACUGGUGGAGAUGGGCACCCAGACUUCACCCGGGCUCGCCCAGAAACCCAGAGGCAGACCCAAGAAAGCCAGCGCCUAAACACCCGCCUCUGUCAACACUCCUCCCUCUAUCCUCCCCCCCCAUCCUCUUGGAAGAGUCCCUUUUUUCAAGUUUUAUAUGAUUUCCAUCUGUUACCUACGAUGUUUGAUUGUAUUUGGUGUGGUUGAAACCAGGUCCAUUGUAAUAAAGAGAAAUUAAAUUGUCCAUCUUUUGGUUUUAAUUAAAGGUUUCAGGGUCAAUGGAAAUAGUUUUUACUUUUUAUUUAGCGUUCCCAUUACACAGGUAUUUGAGGAAAAGUCAGUUAUUAUAGUCACUAUAUGAGAUGUCUGUCUGUGUCUCUCUCUGUGUGGGUGUGAUUGGGGGUGUGUUUCUGGCUGUCUGUGGUUGGGUGGGUGGGUGGGUGGGUGUAGCCAUGUCUUUGGAUGCUCCAGUGUGGAGCUGUCCCCUGUCCACCGUAAUGUCACCAGACCUGUAUAAUACACUGACAUCUGAGUGUUGAUUCCAGCAUGAUUCCGUUUUUAUGAUUUGGUUUUUUUUUUUCAAAUAUGUUUUUUGCUUUAUUUUAGUUUACUUCAAAACUUUCAAGUUUUAUAUGAUUUCUGUCUGUUACGUACGAUGUUUGAUUGUUUUUGGUGUGGUUGAAACCAGGUCCGUUGUAAUAAAGAGGAAAUUAAAUUGUC